CUUGACUUUUGACAGGCUCGACAUCCCUCCACCAGCACUUUGGCAGCAGCAUUCAGCCGCUCCCUCUUUCCCGCACGUCGCAAACAGCUAUCGAGUGGUGUCUGACUUUUUGAGAGAGGGAAGACUUUUCAAAAAUUCAACAUGGCGUUGAUUGUCGACAAGCAUCGACCAAGGUCUUUGGACCAACUCUCAUACCACACAGAGCUCUCCGAGCGGCUGAGAUCACUCGCUCAAAGUGGCGACUUCCCUCACCUCCUUGUCUACGGACCAUCGGGCGCCGGCAAGAAGACCCGCAUCGUGGCGACGCUCAAGGAGCUGUUUGGCCCGGGCGUGGAGAAGAUCAAGAUCGACGCGCGCGUGUUCCAGACGACCUCCAACCGCAAGCUUGAGUUCAACAUAGUCGCCUCCGUCUACCACCUCGAGAUCACGCCCAGCGAUGUGGGCAACUACGACCGGGUCGUGGUGCAGGACCUGCUCAAGGAGGUCGCGCAGACCCAGCAGGUCGACCAGGCCGCCAAGCAGCGCUUCAAGGUCGUCGUCAUCAACGAGGCUGACCACCUGACGCGCGACGCGCAGGCGGCCCUGAGACGGACGAUGGAGAAGUACAGCCCCAACCUGCGUCUGAUCCUGCUGGCGAAUUCGACGGCCAAUAUCAUUGCGCCCAUUCGCUCGCGGACGCUGCUGGUGCGGGUUGCGGCACCCACGCACGAGGAGAUCUGUUCGGUCCUGGCAUCGUCAGCGGAGAAGGAGGGCUGGCCUGUGGUCAAGGGCCUACACCAGCGCAUUGCAGAGGAAAGCGGCCGGAAUCUGAGGAGGGCCUUGCUCAUGUAUGAGGCCGUUCACGCGCAAAACGAGAAAGUUACCGAUUCGACGAAAUUGCCACCCCCGGAUUGGGAGGCUCUCAUCCAACAAAUUGCCAGAGAGAUCAUGGAGGAGCACACGCCCGCCCGGGUGCUGGUGGUUCGGGCCAAGCUUUAUGAUCUGCUCUCGCAUUGCAUCCCGGCUACGACCAUCCUGAAGACUCUCACAUUCAAGCUUCUGCCCUUGAUCGAUGACGCCCUGAAAGCCGACGUCAUAAAAUGGUCGGCAUUCUACGAGCACCGUAUCAAGACAGGCACCAAGGUCAUUUUCCAUCUCGAGGCCUUUGUGGUGAAGUUCAUGCGGAUAUUGGAGAUGUAUCUGAUGAGCAUGGAUUUCUGAAGCGUGACGUCGAACCUUGAGAAUCGACUCUAAUAGGAGUAGCCGUCUCACUCGUGGCGUUGCUACAAAAGCACGGCUGCAUGGAAUCGAGUGGCCGGGCGCCUCGGACUUGUGAGGCUGCACGAGUUUACACGGGCUGUGAGGAUACAUGAUUAUGAUCGGCGCACCAGUUCCAUCAAGCAGGAGGGUGUUCAGGACAAGGCGUUCUUGAGAGGGUUAAAAAUGCCUGGAGGAAUUGUUCGCUUGAAGCUCGCUCGUAUCCGGCGAGCCAGCGGCCUAAUUGCGCCAGAGGCCACUGAAGCGAAGAGCUUGUCCUGGUCGCAGUGGUCGAGCGGCCUCGCAUUUGUUGGGAGACGUGCAACCCUGCCGCAGUAUGCGAGCAUUUUUGUGCACCGCGGAGAAUAUAUGCUGCACCGCAAAGUGCUGGCGGGUUGGAGUAGCCCCAUAGGUCCGAUUGCGCAGCAGAGACGCUGUGGGUCUUUGGUGCAGUCGCAUGCUGCAUGUAACAUUGACUAGGACCUGUGGGACAACAAUGCAGGCGCGCUUCGAAGCCCACAGGAAUAGACCCUGGACGGAUUUGGUGGUUGCCAUCAAGCAAAUGAAAUACAGAAAUAAAUUUGUUCGCUCUUCAA